UCAGCUGAUUGAAGACAACAAAUCGAGAUUUAGCAGAAGAGGGAGACAGGUGUGGCCAAAUACACGAAAUAGUCAUUUAAUUCCUUUUGCAUUUGAAUUAUCAGUCCCUUUCAUUGUACUAGAUUAUCUGAAUACACAAGAAUACGCCUGGAAUAUAGAAAUAUGAUUGUAUGUUAGUCCAGAUCUGAGUUAUUGCCACAUUGCCGUCACGAAUCUAUCCUCGACGAAGCAGAGUGCAGAACCAGAUAAGGAUUUCCUCAAGGAACUGCAGGUGCGGAGGUAAUGGUGAAGAUAUGAUCAAGACAGAACUGGAUUUCAUUUCUUAUUUGCUUUGAAAGGAGAAUGGCAAGUGUUAAGAUCCCUGAACAGAAAAUAAUACUGUGUGGAGAAUAUGGUGUAGGAAAAAGCUCCCUCUUUCGACGGUAUGCAACGAACACAUUUGUCACAGCAACUGACAGAAAGUCUACUUUAGGUCUAGAUCACUAUGAAAAAGUUUACCGCACUGGAGAUAGGGAAGUUAAGCUCCAACUAUGGGACACAGGUGGCAUGGAGAGAGUAGCAAGUAUAACAUCGUCUUACUACAAGUUUGCAGAGGGAGCUAUUCUCGUCUUUGCCCUGGAUAACCCUGACUCCUUCAACAUCCUGUCUCAGCAUCUCUUAGAUAUUGUAACAUAUGCUGAGAAUGCAAAGAUAUUCCUCUGUGGAAACAAGUAUGAUUUAAAGAGUCAAAUCCAAGUCACAGAUGCAGAUAUGGAGAACUUUUGUGAACAGUGUCACAAUCUCAUAUCUGGCAUCUUCAAGACUUCUUGUAAAACUGGUGCAGGUGUGGAAGAAAUGUUUGCUGAAAUAGCAAGACAACUAAGUGACUCUAACCGGUCCCGGAAGGAGUUGGAGACAAUCAACAAAGAUUCCUUCAAAGUGACACCACCAGAAGGAGAACCAGAGGAAUCGUGUUUAUGUUGAGUGUGGAAAAUCUCAGCUGUGAUUAUGCCAUGCAACCGUCUACUUUCCCAGGAAGAGCACCAUUUUCCUUGUCUUGCCAUGACCCAGAAACUUCCACAUUUUUUAUCUGGAAGUGGUUAAGGUAGACGAGCAAUAUUCAAGUAGUUACCUUGGCAGUAGUCUCAUGUUUUUAUUAUGGAAGAUUGACACGACUUGUGAAUUUCUGUGUUCAGCAUGUCUUGGAUCAUUUUUUUCCCAUGAAUGGAUCAUUUACAGAAUAACAGAGCUUUAACUUAGAGAACUUAGUUGUUGUUUUUAAUAAUAUUUAUAUACAGUGACCCACACAGCUUUUUAAGUAUGUCAUUGCAAGAUCAUGUAUUUUUGAACAAAACAAAUAUUAAGAGGGUGAUGUAGCCUGAAUGAUAUGGUAGCUUUGUUAGUGUGAAUGAAUUUAGGUUUUGUUAAAAUUGCUUAACAUGGUAAGUAAUCAGUCCUUUAGAAUACAGUGACUUGUAUGAAAAACUUGGUGGAGAUACCUGUCUUGUUUGUAGGGUGUUGGGUGUACAUGAAUGGAAUAUAAGAGAACAACAGGUGAAGUAGCAUAUCCUGUAAAACAGGAAAGAGAUGUGGGUACCAAAUUCAAGUUCUGAUUGUUAUUUCAUCAGAUGAAUUUUCCAGAAUAUUAGGGUCUGAAGAUGAGUUUAAUGUAUGUAAGGAUUUAUGUUUUCAACUUACUAAGUGUCUUAGAAAUUGUUUUGAAAUUAUAUAUGAUUCCCUCUAAACACUAACAACUACUGUAUUAAUCAGAUAAUGAACUUUUAACAACAGGAAAAUGGAGAAGUUGAGACAAAAAUCACAAAAAUUAUAUUUAAGACAAAAUACUUUUCUCCAUCUCAUUUUGGGAUGGAAAGGGUAGCAAAUGACAACAUUUUAUGUCUUAUCAACACUUAUGUUGAGGUCAUAAUGAUGUUAGUGAACAUGAGAUUUUUAUUAGAAUUCUGAAGUCCUGAUAUUUUGAUAACAUUUUUGUUAAACAUAAUUGAAAAAUAUUUCUUGUGAUAAUGGUUCUGUCUUGUGAUGAUUCCCUUGUCUUCAUUUUGAGCAGCAUGUAUUUAUCUCUGAAAAAAUAUCAUUUAUGUUUCUCUGUUCAAAUAAUAUAGUAAUUUAUUAUAAAAAAACUUUGUAUUUUAUGACAGGUAUUAUAAUGUCUACCUUAUUGUUGAUUCCCUUUCUUCUAUCAUAUUGACAUUAUGGAAUUCAGCUAAGUGCAGGAAAGUGUUCUCUAUCAACAGAUACAUUUUCUUAUCAUUCAACAUGGCAAAGUGCAUAGGAGGAAGUUUAGAAUCACACUUAACAGUUAUACCUAAAAUCAGAAAUUGGUGUAGUUAUGAUGCAUGUGAAUUAUGAGAUAUGGCACUAGCUUUAAAGACAUGUUUGUUCAUGGAGCACAUCCUUUUUUUUCUUUUUUUUUCAAUGGCAUUAUUAUUGCCAGUGUCUUUUUCAGAAUUAUGAUAAUGGUAGUUAGUAUUAGAGAGGCUUGCUAGACUGUAUCUACAUUUUAGAUAUUAUGAAAAGUUCCUUGUUGGUAACCAGUGAACAGUUUAAGUUUGGAAGAUAAGGAACAAUAUGCCGCUUAAAUAUAUUGUAGGAGGAGGGGAGUGUAAACAGGGGUGUACAAACAGAACAUUCCAAAUUUGAAGUUUUCUUGGGUUAAACAUGAGAUAAGCUAUUGUAAUUUAUGUAAUUAUAAAUGGGUAAUGGCAAUAGAAAGAAGAAAAAGUCUCAGGAAAGGUACUUAACCUUAUAGAGGUUACAAGAUUUUUAGUUCUGAUGGUUACUCCAGUAUCUGGCAUUAAGUUUAAUUAAAAAUACUAUUUUGUUGAUUCACUAAUGAUGCAGAUGUUGAAAAAGUAAGCAAACAAUUCUAAUUUUCAAGUCUAUAUGUCUUCCAUCUAGCAUUUAAUAGGAAGAAAACUUGUAAUAAUUUUUUGAGUCAUGUUCAAGAAUUAUGCCUUUUUCUCCAUUGGAAUGUUCUUUAUAUUGUGGGUAUAGAUACAUCUAGGGAGAUUACUUAAGUUGUCUUAUGUUGAUGAUAAAAGGUUCUUAACAUUUGGUAUUCAGGUGCAGAAAAUGAUUGCUAUCUUAUCUUAACCCAAUGCUGCUGGGGCCGAUGUGUAAGUACAUGCCAUGGCCGCUGUCAGUUUAAUUUGUUAAUUGUCUUUACACACAGAUGGCUCCACAAGUACUGUUUACCCUUUUUCUUGAUAUCAGAUUUUUUUUUUUUUGUUGAUCUUGCAUUGCUAUUAGGAAAGUCAAUAAUGUUAUUAUGAUUAUAAUGUCGAUAAUGAUAAUAAUAGGAUUGAUAUGUAUUGUAUUUGUAUAAAAAAAGCAAAAACAUUAAAAAAAAAAAAAAACCUCAAGGAAAGUGAAACCAUGGGAGGUCACAAGGUCUACUAAUUACCUCUGUAGUGGCUAAGCACUUGUGGAGCCAUUUGUGUGUAGAGACAUUACACAAAACAAUACUAUAGUGAACACUACAUUUUUCUGGUGGCAUUGGGUUAAUAGAUAUUAGCAUUGAAUGUACAUACACAUUUUCUCUGAACAUAUUAUUUGUUUAUUGAAUAAACCCAGUCACUGUACAUUUUAGUUUAUGAUUUAUUUCUUCUGUAAAUGCAAAAGAUCAGCAGAAAGUAAACACAUCAUAUAAAUAGAGGGUGCUGCUGUGUGAAGUAUCAACUGUAACAAGUAAGACUCCCAUAAAUUUAUUCCCAUUGCUAAAAUGUUUAUACUGCUGGGCAGUAUGGUUUUACAGACUGCAGACCUAUUUUGUUUACCUGAAGGAAGUUACAGCUGUUAUUGAUGUUUGCUUUAAUCUGUUAAUGCAAGGAGGGCAUGUAUGUAUGCCCUGUUCACUGUGAUUUUAGUUUUUUAACCCAUCACCACUGGGUGAACAGAAAUCUCUGAGCAUGAUAAACUCUGGUGAUUUAUGGCAACUGCAAGACACUGGGUCCGGGAGUCUGCAUCCUCAAGCAGAAUUUCCCGCUACAUGCACUCUGUACAGGCGUACCCCACAGACCAAGUGGUUUGUUAUGACGCCAGUACACGUGACCCGUCUGGGCCAGGGUUAAUUUUGUUUACACACAGAUAGCCCGGGAAGUACUUAGUCACCUUAGUCAGGUACUAGGCCUACUUGAUCUCACCUUUAUAGCCCAUACCUUGAAUUUUUGGAAACGAUUGUUUUAUUUUUUUUACUGUUAUUAUUGUUAAUAAUUUGAUGAUAAUUAUGAUGGUAAAAUGAUAAUGAUAGUAGUAUUAGAAAAAUGAUAGCAGUAUUAGAAAUGAAAACUUUUUUCCCCCCAAAAUCAGAGAAAGAGGUAGGCAGGUGAGGUUAGGUAGACCAAGGGAUUAACUUUUUGCUGACUAAGCACUUUUAAAACCAUCUGAGUAUAAACAAAACAUGAAUUAAAUAUUCAUAAUAUAAAGCCUCAGUAAAAAUAAUAGUUCUAUACAAUAAAAAGUGGAAGACCCUUUUUUAAGAUAGGGAAUAUGAAUGAGAAUGAAAUUUAUGUAUUUUUUCUGAAGCAAGAAUUGUUAUUUUCUCCUAAUAUAUUUCACUUAAGAGUCUGCAAUAGAUCUUUCAUGGCAGUUAUUGUGAGAACUUAAUUCCUUGAAAUUAGAUAUGUUCUUGCUUUCCUGUUAUAUUUCUGAUCCUUUCACAUUAACAUAUUCUUAGUAUAGCAUAGCAAGCCUCUCUAAAUAUGAACUGGUAUUAAAUUGAUAUCUAAAGUGAAGGCUGUGCAUUGAUGGACAACAUCUUAUGAAGUAAAUGUGAGUGUAUUUUAUAAUGUAAACGAGAAUGCUGUUUUGUCUUCAGAUUGUGAAGAAGCUUAAAAAUGUAUGCUUUUGUGUAGCUUUUACUCCAGUAACUUUGACUAAUACUGUACAACAAGCUUGUGGCAUAUAAUUUUGUUUGUUAUAUGUUGGGAGAAAAAUUACACCCAGUGUUAAUAGUGAUAUUAAAGUGUGCCAAAAGUCAUAAAAUUAGGACUACUUCUAAAGUUUUCUAUAGAAAGAUUGAAUGUCAAAAUGUAUUGGUACUAGACUGUAUAAUGAUAAUGAAAUCUCUUGUUUCACAGUAUUCAGUCAAGUUUCUGUAAUGAGUAAAUCAUAAAUAAAUAAAAUUCAAUAGAUGAAAA